CUUGUCACGUGGUGCUUGGCGUUACGUAAACCUGCGUGAAAAUGGCGGCCGCCGCAGGAGAGUCUUCCGUUCCGAGUGUAUCCGACGAAUUAUUUCAGAAUUUUUAUUCGGAGGUGAAACAAAUUGAGAAGAGAGAUUCUGUGUUAACCUCCAAACAGCAGAUAGACAGGCUUCUCAGACCUGGUUCAUCAUACUUUAAUCUCAAUCCUUUUGAGGUGCUGCAGAUUGAUCCAGAUGCUACAGAUGAGGAACUGAAGAAAAGAUUUCGGGCGUUGUCAAUUUUGGUCCACCCAGACAAAAAUCAGGAUGAUGCAGACAGAGCACAGAAAGCUUUUGAAGCUGUGGACAAGGCGUACAAACUCCUACUGGACCCCGAGCAGAAGAAGAGGGCCUUAGAUGUGAUCCAAGCAGGCCAGGAGUACGUGGAACACAUGUUAAAAGAGAAAAAGAAACAGCUGAAGAAGGCUGGAAAAUCACAGACUGUGGAAGAGGAUGACCCUGAAGUGUUCAAACAGGCCGUUUACAAACAGACCAUGAAGCUGUUUGCGGAGCUUGAAAUCAACAGGAAGGAACGGGAAGCAAAGGAAAUGCAUGAAAGGAAAAGAGCAAGAGAAGAGGAAAUCGAGGCUGCAGAAAAAGCGAAGCGAGAGAGAGAGUGGCAGAAAAACUUUGAGGAAACGAGAGACGGACGUGUGGACAGUUGGAGGAACUUCCAGGCUAAAGGCAAGAAGAGCAAAGAGAAGAAGAACCGGUCCUUCCUCAAACCCCCAAAAGUCAAGAUGGAACAGAGAGAAUGAUGAUGGAAAACAGGACUUCAUUCGAUUACAAAUCAUCAUUUUCAAAGUUCAGUGUCCCUCGCCUCAGACUUUACCAUCCUGACACAUGUAGUUUUGUACCGUUUUCUAAUGUAAAUAUUGAUGUUCUGAACUCAGUACUUGUCUCAUCUGCAAAAGAGAAUGCAUAUUCAAUAUAUGUAAGUAAGACCUUUUUUUAUUUUAGAAAUAAAUCUUGUUCCCGUGAAGCCUCCCCUUGGCAUCAUCUUCAAAAGCCAACUUCUAAAAUGUGCAAGUCACAGUCUGAUUUUAGAGAAGUAAUUCUACACUCGUCUUGCAGUGUAAAUGCAGUUUGUCUUUGUGCAUGUCUUCUGUACAAAUAUGGUCAGUGAAAUUACCAGAGAACAAAUUCCUAUUUAUGUUUUGGAAACCUACAAUAAACUCAUUUAAACAUC